AUGAACUCGACAUUCGUGAACGCCCUGACGAGAGCCUUGCCGUCAAUGAGCCGGCCAUGCCAGCUUCAAGGCUCUCUGGCUCGAUCCAUGAGACCCUUCUCUACGACCCAGAAGACCCUUUCGGAUGCCCGAGAGAGAACCCGACAGAUGGAGAGGCAGAUCUUGAACACGCCCUCGGAGCCGAGCGCGGCCGCAAAUGACAACUCGCCGCUGAACGCGAUCACUCGAAUGAUGGAGCAAGAGAAAAUCCGUACCAACCAGAGUGUUACGCGCGAUUACUCCCGCAUGGCCGAGAGCUUGGAGGCCGACUUGAUCAAGCGACCGUAUUCCGACCGUUCUCCUCCGCAUCAUCUCCACGUUUUUACUCAUAAGCACAACAUGCACCUGACCCUGACUCGUCCGAAUGGCAACCCGAUAUUCUCAAUCAGCUGUGGUCAGCUGGGCUUCCGCAAGAGCGGCCGUGGAGGAUACGACUCGGCAUAUCAAUUGACGGCCCACGUGUUUGGUCAGAUCCAGGAGCGAGGCCUUCUCCCCAGCAUUCAGCGACUGGAGGUGAUCUUCCGGGGAUACAGUCAGGGCCGCGAGGCCUUUACGAAGGUCUUGCUGGGCAACGAGGGGAGGAAUAUUCGAGGACUGGUGAGCAGCGUAACGGACGCGACUCGCCUCAAGUUCGGUGGUACCAGAAGCAGGAAGGUCCGCCGACUGUAA